UUCAGUAAAAAUGGUAAAUUCACGACAAAGUUGAAUAGAUCAUAAUUAAAAUAGGUCAAUACCAUGCAGGGUGCUCUCUGGGUUAACAGCUUUAUUAGGGACUGUGAGUGAAAAUUUUUGAAAGACUACUCCCUCUGGUUAAAAAUAGGGAAAAGUCACGUUUAAAUAAAAGUUUAUAAAAGUGUUUCACUUUUUCUUUUAUUUUCAGAACAUCUGGUAUUCGCUGGGGUUUCGUUGCCUGGAAUCUUUUGCAAUUAUUUCUUAUUGUAUUGGGUGACUAUAUUGUCUACAUUUGUUUCUUAGCGAAUAGCUUCAACAAGGCGGGCAUUGAACCCAUACCCAUCACUCAUUUUGUGUGUUUGAUGGCUAUUGCAAUCUUCGCAGGUAGUAUGAUCUCGUUCGUAACGUUUUAUCCCAUAUUACACUGUUUGCCGAAUGCUUUUGCUGAAAUGCUGAGGUUUGGCGACAGAUUGUUUUAUGAAGAUUGGUGGAACUGUACUUCCUAUACAAAAUUUUACCGAUCUUGGAAUAUACUUGUACAUGAUUGGCUGUACUUCUACAUAUAUUGUGAUAUGUACGCUAUUUUGAAAAGCAGAACUGUUGCUAUGUUGUCAGUUUUUCUGCUAUCUGCAAUUGUUCAUGAAUAUAUCGUAGCCGUUUCUCUCAGAUUUAUAUUCCCUCCUUUAUUCACAUUAUUUUACAUAGCUGGUAUUAUAUUCAUUUUUAUGACUCGAAGAAGAACCUCAAACUUCUGGAACUUUUUCCUUUGGUUUACUUUGUUGCUAGGAUAUGGACUUUUACUAGUUUUCUACUCUUUGGAAAUGUCUGCCAGGAUCAACUGCCCGAGGAUUUUAGAUUCUUGGCUAGACUAUGCAGUUCCUCGGUUUCUCCAUUGCAAUGUGAUAUCUUUCCCAGUUUAGCGUAAAAGUUUAGUUAAAAAGUUUUUUAGUAAAAAUAUAACAAUCUAACUCGACCUGUAUUCUAAAUAAAUAGAAUUCCAGACAAUCCAAUGAAAAUUUAAUUUUGGAUAUAUGUCUAACAUGUAUUUGGAAAUAGAGUGCCUCUAAUUUUGGGAGACUUAUUUAAGUAAUAUUGUAAAUUAGAAAUUUUCGAAUAUGUCCAAACUUAUUUGAAUAUCAUUAAGAGUGUAUCUCACUUUCUUUAAUUAUUUUAAACAAACUUUUAAAUCGAUGAAAUUAAGUAUGUCUUACUACUGUAGAUGUAGAAUUCUAGAAACUUUUACAGAAAUGGAAGCUUUCAGGUUUACUAAAUCUUUUUUAAAAUAUUUUAAAUCAGUUAUAUCUGAUUAAUAAUUAUUAAAGAAAGAUAAUUCAACUAAAAAAUACAUUUUCUUUAGAACCGAUUUUUUGCUAUUGGAUAAAAACUUAUUUGUCACUUUUUUUUACAAUAUGAUGAAUUUCUAAGCAAAAAAAUCUUUAUUCUAAAAUGUACCGCUGUUGUGAUAUU